AUGGAAGGAUACAUCCACUUUUUAAAGUCCUGUAGCGACAAGCAAGGGACAAAAAGUCAGAUAAUAGGAUGCAUUCGAGCGACCAAUGUCUUGAACCGCCUCCAUGCAGGGUUGGGUCUGCAUGUAGGCGGUUCAAGACAUUGGUUGCUUGAAAUUGACCUCAGAGAUGACAGUCUUGAUGGGCAGCAUCUUGAAAGACCAAGCAUCUUUUUUCUAAGGAAUGCACUGCUUACUCCAUACGAAGAAGACUUUAGAAAAAGCGGUCUAAUCAAAGCUCAUCUUCAUUUCCAUCCGGUUGAUUAA